AUGGCCGGCCGGCAAGUCAUGCCGUACUACUCAGGACAGAUGAUGAUGAACCCUCCACAGUCUGCCUAUUACUAUCCGCAGGGAGGUCAGUAUGCGAACCAAACACAAGCUGUCGGAGGGAACUUGGCACACAACACCUACGUCCCAGGACAGCCGUUCAACGCGGAUACUCGCCACGCGAUUUGGAUCGGAAAUCUCCCUCCACAGACAGACUUGAUGAGUCUCGUGCAGCACGUCUGCAAAGAAACCGCGGGACUCGAGUCUCUCUUCCUCAUUUCGAAAAGCAACUGCGCCUUUGCGAAUUUCAAAGACGACAAGACCUGCGUCGCUGCGCAGCAGAAGCUCCACGAUUCUAAAUUCCAAACCGUACGACUGGUCAGCCGACUGAGGAAGAAUACCGUGGAGGGUGCGACAGGACUGACUGCUCCGACGGGGCCGUCGGCGAAUAAUACGCCAAGCGUCUCAACCCAGGCGCAGGGCGACCCUCCGCAAGACGACGCUCGGUCAGAGACUGAGAGUCUGAGUUCCGCAGUUCAUCCGCAUGAGAAUGCAAGGCCGUCAGUAUCUGAGGUCGGUUCGCAGCAAGACCGGUUCUUCAUCCUAAAGAGCCUUACCAUGGAAGACCUCGACCUGAGCGUAUCGACCGGCAUAUGGGCGACGCAGUCGCAUAACGAAGAAUCUCUCAACAAUGCCUUCAAGAGUGCGGAUAAUGUCUACUUGAUAUUCUCCGCGAAUAAAUCAGGAGAGUACUUUGGAUACGCUCGAAUGACAUCGGAGAUCAACGAAGACCCUGCUGCAGCCAUUGAAUUUGCGCCAAAGGCGCAGGCAGCCGACGAACUGGACCUCCCGAAGGCGAUUCCGACCGAAGCGACUGAAUAUGCGCCAAAGGGCAAGAUCAUUGAUGAUUCGGCCCGAGGCACUAUAUUUUGGGAAGCGGAGAGGGACGAAGCGGACGUAGGGUCCGAUAAUGAGAGUGAGGACUCAAGCGACAAGAGCGCUCUGGUUGACGGCGAGGCCAAGACUUGGGGUAAGCCCUUCAAGUUGGAAUGGCUGUCUACACACCGUCUCCCAUUCUACAGGACCCGAGGUCUGCGAAACCCGUGGAACUCCAACAGAGAGGUCAAGAUUGCAAGAGAUGGAACGGAGUUGGAGCCGUCGAUUGGCCGCAGGUUGAUUGGACUUUUCAAUCGAGUCCAGAGUCCUGUGCCCAUGGCCCCGCCAAUGGGCAUGCCUAUUGCUAUGGUGCAGGGCUAUCCAGCAAUGCGGCCGUACGGGUCUUAG